AUGAAUGCUCCCAUGCAACAGCCCAAUUAUCGUGGCUAUCCACAACAGGCCGCUUACCGAUCUCCAGCCACGCCACGCAGACACGGUCCUGUCCCUGGUAUGCCAAUGCCGCAACACGCACCGCAAGCCAUGCCAAACCAGCAGAUUCUUAGCCAGCGCCAUGCGUCGAACCCAGUUGAAGCCGCUGUAAGGCGAAGUCGAAAGCCGACGGAUAAAAACCUACCAGACAAUGUGGAAGAUAUCGUGAUUGGGGACGUGGCGCAACAUUAUAAGCGACUCCGAGAGGUCGAGAAACGACUGGACGCGUCUAUGAUCCGGAAGAGACUUGAUAUUUACGAUUCUGUUAAUAAAAAUACGAAAAGGUACCGGACAAUGAGAAUAUGGAUAUCCAACACAGUCGAGAGUCAGCCAUGGCAACAACAACAACAACAACAGGAUUCCUCCAAUUCAGACGGAGCGAUGGGAACGAAAUUGGGCGCAGGACGAUACAGGGUGAAAAUUGAAGGGCGAUUGCUUGAUGAUGAGGCCGACCCAACUGUAUCAGACGAGAGUGACGAGGAAGGGGAAACCGAAAACCGGGGAGAAGUCAACCUGAACGUGACCAUUAAUCUCAUUCGAGAUGAGACGCCCGAGCGGUUUCAGUUGAGUAGAGAGCUUGCUGCCAUUCUUGACGUGGAUAAAGACACACGUGCUGGCAUCGUGGCUGGAAUAUGGGAAUACGUCAAAGCGAUGGGUCUGCAAGAAAAUGAGGAAAAGCGCACGAUUCAAUGCGAUGACCGUUUGAGAGCCAUAUUUGGCUGUGAGAAGAUGUAUUUCCCUGCCAUCCCGGAAAGCACUGCAACACACACCGCCACACUUGAGCCUAUUAGGCUACCAUACACCAUCCGUGUCGACCCAGAGUUCCAGAAGGACCCAAAGCCCACAGUCUACGAUAUCCGCGUCGCAAUUGAUGAUCCGCUACGCGCCAAACUUAUCUCUCUUACCAACUCCCCUGAUUUUCCCGCUAUGCUCCGCCAUGUAUCCAGCCUUGACGACCAGGUAGCUCUCGCGGUCCAGGCCUUACACCACUCAAAAGCAAAACACUCCUUUUAUACCGCAAUGAGCAAAGACCCAGCAAACUUCAUGAAACGGUGGAUAAACAGCCAGAAACGAGAUUUGGAGACUGUCCUUGGGGAAACACCUCGGCCUGGACAAGGUGAGAGGGGUAUGGAGUUCAGACGCGGUGGUGAAGGCAGUGCAUGGGAUACACCCGUUGCAAGAGAAUCUGUCAGGUAUAUGCUCGCAAAGCCGCCCCGUGCGGCAAGAUGA